CGUGCACCGCUCUGCGGGCGCUGCCGCUCCGCUCGGCUGUACACAAACAUGGCGGCGGGGGAUGGCGGCGGGCGGCCCUGAGGCUCUGUGAGCGCCGGUGGCCGCCGGGGCUGCGGGCGGGCGGCUCGGGGCUGGCGGCACACAUGGAUGACAGCAAGGUGGUUGGAGGCAAGGUAAAGAAACCAGGCAAACGAGGUCGCAAACCAGCCAAAAUAGACUUGAAGGCAAAACUUGAAAGAAGUCGUCAGAGUGCAAGAGAGUGCAGAGCCAGGAAGAAGCUGAGGUACCAGUACCUGGAGGAGCUGGUUUCAAGCAGAGAGCGAGCCAUCUGUGCUCUCAGAGAAGAGCUUGAAAUGUACAAGCAGUGGUGCAUGGCCAUGGACCAAGGGAAAAUCCCCUCGGAAAUAAAAGCCCUGCUAACUGGAGAGGAGCAAGGCAAAGCACAGCAGAACUCAACCAAACUUGCCAAGGCUGUGAAGACAGAGGCAAACAGCAGCAAUCCCUGAGUUUCUAGCUUUAUGUUUUUAAGAAUCAACAUGAAAACCACUUUUUAAACCAUAACAAUCUUCCCCCUGCCCCGGUGCAUCAUUCUCAGGAGGCUGAUGCAGAAUCUUCCGCGCUGCAGCAGAGGUGGCUCGGGAGCUGGCAGGAGGAAGAACGCUGUUCUGAAGAGUGGCUGCAUCCCGAGGUGCAGGGGAAAGGACCCCAGUCUGUUCUCUUCUCUUUGCUCCUCCCCACAUGAAAUUCUUUGAUCAUGGUGUUCCUAAGGCUUUGUGGGGUGCGGCUUUUGGGGCAGCAGGUGUUGGUGGAAGUGGAGCCUUGUUCUUCCUUUCGCUACACUGCCCUCCCCAAAUACAGCUGUGGCAGCUUUGGGGUGUUCCCAGCACAAGAGUGGGGGUGCUUUUAUAUCAGAGCCCAGAAUUAGGCUGGCUUUGUGUUUGGUGGUUGUGUGGUUGUUAACUGUUUUGGGAAUCUGGGAGGUUCUGUAAAGGAAAAGCAAGAGAAGGAUCUUGUAACAGCUUUGCUAAAGCCAAGCCCAGUACUGUAGGUUGAGGAGAAGGAGCUGGAUCAAAAGCUUUCAGUAAAAAGAUUUAUAGCAAUGUCAUUUGUAACCUAAAUGCAGAUGUUGCUCUUGGCAUUGGUCUGUAAUGCAGCAUGUCUUUUGUGUGACUGGGAUUCUUAAAGAGGUACUAGGUACAUUUCCUGCUUCUGCCCAUACUUCUUCCACCGGGGGCAUUUUCCACCUGCUGUGCUCCUGGGAAGACCUCAAGGCACGUCCCUGCAGCCUGCUUCCAGCAGGGACACAGCAGCCAUUCCCUCUCACCCACUGGGCCCUGAAACCUUUCCAUAGCUACUUAUAUUUUGGGCCCUAGUCCCUCUCUGGACAGCAACUUCAUGUGAAUUCUGCAAUGCUGUCCUGGUUUCCCAGUCAAAGACAAUGCCAGGAAUUGGUAGCAAGGAAAGCAAGUUGCAUCAGUUUGGUUUUGUAGUAAGAAAGGUGAUGGCAAAAGUCUUGUGGGCUGAUGUACUCAUCCCAGUUAACAGAUAACCUGCCACUUUCCUGGACUGCUCUUUCUCCUGGAUAUGCUUUUUGUAUUCAUAUGAUGCAAUGUGGAGAGUGGAGCUCUCAGGAUUUUCAGAGGGGGGUUGGCUUGCUUAUUCUGGUUUUUUUAUGACAAUGUCUUUCUCUGUAUUUUAUGAAAAGCAUGGAACAUUUAUAAUCUUAUGUUUUCAGCAUUGUUUCAUAGAAUAAAUACUAUAAUGAAUGAC